AUGGAACGGCUCAGCGAACUCAGCGCAUACCAUCGGCCUUUAGCCCAGUCCUGGAAGGCAGGACGACGACGGGGGAGCAAUGCACUUCAAUGUCUUGCCUUGCCCUGCCGCGCCGACGAUGGCCUCGAAUUCCCCUUGACUUUCUGCGUCUCCGUGGCCAUUGGCAAUGUAGACCUGCCCGUUUCCCUUGACCCCCGACCAAUCGCCCCAUACCAAAGUCCGCCCUCACCUAUAUCAGUCAAGAUGCGCUCCAUCAGGCCGCGCCAUGUCCCCCACGGCCGCCGUCUCUUGAGCUCAACCACGGCCACAUCUCCUGUGCCCGUGACGCCCAUCACGUCCCUCCUGAUCGCCAACCGCGGCGAGAUCGCGCUCCGUAUCAACCGGACGGCCAAGCGUCUCGGCAUCCAGACCACCACCCUGUACACGGACCCCGAUGCCUCCUCGCAGCACGCCGCGUGCUCGCCCAACGCCAUCGGCCUGGGUGCCGCAAAUGCCUACCUCGACGGCGAGCGCAUCGUGACCCUGGCCAAGCUACAUGGCAUCCAGGCCCUGCACCCGGGCUACGGCUUUUUGAGUGAGAAUGCCGCCUUUGCCGAGAGGUGCGAGAAGGAAGGCAUCGUCUUUGUCGGGCCGCCCGCCAAGGCCAUGGCUGAUAUGGGCGACAAGGCCCGAAGCAAGGAGAUCAUGACCAAGGCCGGUGUGCCAUGCGUCCCUGGAUACCAUGGUGGCGACCAGGGCGAGGCCGAGCUUCUGGGGCACGCCAGGGAGAUCGAGUUUCCCGUCCUGCUGAAGAGCGUCAAAGGUGGCGGCGGCAAGGGGAUGCGCAUCGUCAUGGAAGAGGGCGAGUUUUUGCAGCAGUUGAAGAGCGCCAGAGCCGAAGCCCGCGCUUCGUUCGGCGAGGGCGGCGAGAUCAUGUUGGUCGAAAAGUACAUUGUCCGCCCGAGGCACGUCGAAGUCCAAGUCUUUGCCGACAAGUGGGGAAACUGCGUUGCCCUUGGCGAGCGAGACUGUAGCAUACAGAGAAGGCACCAGAAGAUCCUGGAGGAGUCUCCGGCACCCAACCUGGAUGACGCGACAAGGCUUGAUUUGUGGGAGAAGGCCCGAACGGCGGCCCUGGCUGUCGGUUACGUUGGCGCCGGCACGGUCGAGUUCAUUCUCGACAAGGACAACGGGAACUUCUAUUUCAUGGAGAUGAAUACGCGGCUGCAGGUGGAGCAUCCUGUCAGCGAGAUGGUCACCGGAACUGACCUGGUAGAAUGGCAGUUUAGAGUGGCGGCCGGCGAGAAGCUCCCGUUGACUCAGGACGAGAUCAUGCAGAGGAUCCAGGAACGUGGCGCCGCUAUCGAGGCACGGAUAUACGCAGAAAGCCCCGAAAAGGGGUUUCUGCCCGACUCUGGACGACUGCUCCACUUGGCCACGCCGAAGACAGAUGAAGACAUCAGGAUAGACGCUGGGUUUGUCGAGGGCGAUACAGUCUCGGAAGCCUACGAUGGCAUGAUUGCCAAGCUCAUCGUGAGGGGCGACGACCGAGAAACCGCGAUCCGGAGGAUGGAGCGGGCGCUUCGCGAAUACGAGGUGGUGGGCCUGAGCACCAACAUCGAGUUCCUGAAGCGGCUGUGUAUAUCGCCGGCAUUCAUCGAGGGCGAUGUUGAGACUGGGUUCAUCCAGAAAUGGGAAUCCGAGCUGUUCCAGCCGCUUGUUGCAAAGCCCGAGGUCUUCGUGCAAGCAGCUUUGGGACUUUUUGCCUCUUCGGCACAGGCAGAGACUGGGCCUCACGGACAAUCAGUAGGUUUUGGCCAGUGCGCCUCACAGCGUACGUACGCCUUCAAGUCCUUGGAUCCGCUUGUCACGGGAGAAGGGGAGAUUAUCAACGUCAGCGUCACCCAAAAAGGACAUCAGCUCUUUGACGCAACGGUCAGUCAGAAAGAUCAGAACGCUGCAGAGUACCAGGGUCUUGUCUCUACGCCUGUACCAAGCUCGCAGAAGACCAGUCUCACGACCUUUUUCCCGGAAGCGAGAAUAGAGGCUACCGUCGUGCAGGAUCCCAACAAUGACAACAAAAUCUCUGUCUUCCAGCACGGAUUGAAAACAGAGCUAUCACUGGUGUCAUCGGUAUGGUAUGAGAAGGCUUUGGGAAUCAAGGAAGCCACCGCCUCAGUCGUUGCGCCCAUGCCCUGCAAAGUUCUAAAGAAUGAGGUUCAGGAGGGAGACGCCGUUGCGAAGGGAGCCCCGCUUGUUGUGAUCGAAUCAAUGAAAAUGGAAACCGUGAUCCGCUCUCCCCAGGACGGAGUUAUUAAGAAACUUGCACACAAAGAAGGGGACAAGUGCAAAGCUGGAACGGUGCUGGUGGUGUUUGAAGAGGAGGAUGUUUCAACUACGUAA